UACAAUUUGAAUUUUUUUAAUUGUCCACAAUCUCCUUAACAUAAUCUAAUCGUUCGAAGUUUGAUUGGUUGAUGUAAAUAGCUUUAGAUCAAAGGUUAACAUUCAACUUAUUGUAGAUAAGGUGUUGAUGCAAAUUCGUAUUUUAUUUCCAAUCGUUAGUACGUUUGUAAACCCAACAAGAUAAUGGCCGAAUUGAGAUUUGACAAUCGUGUAGCCGUAGUUACGGGAGCAGGAGCAGGGUUGGGUAGGGCCUACGCCCUACUUUUCGCCUCCAGAGGAGCUAAAGUUGUUGUAAACGAUUUAGGAGGAGGAAGACACGGUGAUGGAAGCUCAUCGAAAGCAGCCGAUGCAGUCGUAGAGGAAAUUAAAAGAAAUGGUGGUAUCGCCGUUGCUGAUUAUAAUUCUGUAGUUGAUGGUGAAAAAAUCAUUCAAACGGCUUUGAAUAAUUUUGGUCGUGUCGAUAUUUUGGUUAAUAAUGCUGGGAUAUUGAGAGACAGGAGUUUUAUGAAGAUUUCAGAUCAAGAUUGGGAUCUCAUACACAAUGUGCACUUGAAAGGAAGUUUUAAGACAACGCAAGCAGCUUUCCCAAUAUUUAAAAAACAAAAAUAUGGAAGAAUCAUAAUGACUGCAUCCAAUUCUGGUCUUUAUGGAAACUUUGGUCAAGCAAACUACUCAGCAGCUAAACUAGGAUUAGUCGGUUUGGCUAAUACCAUCGCUAUAGAAGGCAAUAAGAGCAACAUUUUUUGUAACGUGAUUGUUCCAACUGCAGCAAGUCGACUCACUGAGGAUAUUUUACCACCAGAUUUAUUUGCACAGUUGAAACCAGAAUUCAUAGCUCCAGUUGUGGCAUAUCUGUGUCACGAAAGUUGUCAAGAGAAUGGAUCAAUUAUAGAAGCUGCAGCUGGUUGGGCCGGUCGUUGUACUAUAGUAAGAGCAAAUGGUGCUCUAUUGAGGUCUAAUAUUGAAGAUGGAGUUUCAAUUGAAAAUGUUAAAACUAAUUGGGAAACUAUCAGAGAUAUUUCUAAUGCUAAAAGGUUAGAUAGUAUCCAGGAUGCGACAGGAGCCCUAAUAGCAUCUUUGGAAGGUCUAAAAAGUGGUAACAUCGAAUCAGACAAUGAAGAUGUUUUUAAUUUCUGUAAUAAAGAUAAGAUUUUAUAUGCUUUAGCUGUUGGUGCGUCUGUGGAAACUCCAAAUGAACUCAAAUAUCUUUAUGAAUAUCAUGAACAAUUCUCAGUUUUACCUACUUUCUUCAUAUUACCUUCCAUACAAGUAUUAUUUUCUUCGUCGAUCGUUAAAAAUGCAAUUCCUGGUAAAGAUAUUGGACUGGAAAACGUGCUACAUGGAGAACAAUACAUUGAAAUAGUAGGGGAUUUACCUACAGAAGGAAAACUCCUAUCAAAAUGUAAACUUGCCGAAGUAUUGGACAAAGGAUCAGGAGCAGCCAUCACUGUUGAUAUUGAAUCUUAUGACUCAAACGGUAAUUUAGUUUGCCGUAAUCAAUGUGUCUCUUUUGUUGUUGGAGCCGGUAAGUUCGGUGGACCUAGGACCGGAACAAAAGCCGUUCCCUGUCAACCUAAACCUAAUAGAAAUCCGGACGCGACUGUUUCUCAUAAAACUACCGUAGAUCAAGCCGCCAUCUACAGAUUAACAGGAGACAUCAAUCCAUUACAUAUUGAUCCAGAAAUAGCAAAAAUAGCAGGUUAUGAUAAACCGAUUCUGCACGGGUUAUGUUCUCUGGGUAUAUCCGUGCGAUUAGUUUUGGCAACUUUUGCUUCCCAUGAUUCCUCAUUAUUUAAAGCAGUUAAGGCGAGAUUUUUGAAACCAGUUAUGCCUGGUGAAACUUUAAAAGUUGAUAUGUGGAGAGAAGGCAACAGAAUUCAUUUUGAAACGACUGCUGUUGAACGCAACCAAGUCGUUAUUGGAGGUUCCUACGUAGAUUUAAAAUCGGUUAAGACUAGUUUACCUUCUAAUUUAACAACAACUACAAUGAGUAACUUGAAAAGUGACGCUAUUUUCGAAUUCAUCAUCGAUCAAGUCAAAGCUGAUCCAGGAAAGGCCAAAUCAGUUGGCGGAACAUUUUUAUACAACAUCACCAAAGAUGGGAAACAAGUCAAACAUUGGACGAUGGAUUUGAAGAACGCUAAAGUUUAUGAAGGAAAACCCGAAGGGAAGCCAAAUACCACCUUAACCAUAUCCGAUGAAGAUUUUAUGCUAUUGGCGGAAGGUAAACUGAAUCCUCAACAGGCAUUCAUGAAGGGAAAACUAAAGAUAACAGGAAACAUAAUGAUGGCACAAAAAUUAGCCCCAUUGUUGAAAACAAACGCCAAAUUGUAAAUUUAAUAAAACGUCUCUCUUUGUUAAA